UUGAAAGGAGCACGGUACAGAAGCGCACAAACGGUAGAAACGUGAACGGCGGCAGAGCUCCCGGUGUUUAACGUUGAGUAAAAUCGGUAAAUGUGGUGGAGACUCAGAUAAGCUCCAGCCGAAGAGUAAGAAAGUGCUUUAAUCGGUAGAUAUCUUUGAAAAGAUUUAGAGUUAACGUUUACCGGGUGUUAGCUAACCUGCCGUGUUGUUAGCGGAGCAACGGAAGUCACGGUCCUCCGCAGUUAACGCGACGCUAGCUUAACGGCUGCACCGAGUUAACCUGCUUUAACGGUUUGCGGUUUACGCCACAGCGCGGCGACCGUUCACGCUCCGCAACAGAAGGUGGCGCCGUUUGAUUGUUGGUGUGUGAUCCGCUAACACACACAGAGAGGAAGAGGUCCAUGGAAGUAGCAGCGGGUUUUUCUGAACUGCAGCGGGUCUAUGGACUGAACCGGACCGGUAUGCUGUGAUAUGGACGUGAAUGAGUUCCUGCGGAGGAAGCGGCAGGAGUCGGACCGGCAGCUCCGCUGGUGACGGUGUCGGCACCGGUAAGCUGGGCUUGCUGUUGUCCGUGUCCUACCCGCUGCUGGCUGUGCUGUCCCUGCUCCGGUGGCUCCUCUGCUGGCUGCGGAGCCGCAUCAUGGCCGCUGUCAGAGCCGGGCCCCGAGCCGCUGACGAGCCAGGUGGCGUGAAGCGGCGGCAGCAGCGGGACGCCAGCCGGAGCCCGGAGCGAGGCGAGCGGGUCAGGAGCUACCACAGGCGGGCCUUCGAGUUCAUCUCUGCGGCGCUGAGGGUCGACGAGGACGAGCAAGCUGUUGUGUUGUCAGGUGACAAGCAACAAGCGGUGGGCUGGUACCAACGAGGGAUCACUGAGCUGGAGGAAGGCAUCGCAAUCCAUAUCUCAGGGAGCGGAGAGAAAUAUGAGCGCGACAGACGGCUGCAGAAGAAGAUGACCGCCAACUUGAUCAUGGCUAAAGACCGACUGCAGUCUCUAGUCAUGGUGCUCUCAGGGUCCAGGGCUCAGACAGACAGUUACACAAGCAGCACUAACCCUGCCUCCCACAUCACCCAGCUGCGCUCCGGUGGCGCUGUCUCCAGAAAGAGAGACUCUGUUAAUCAGGCACCAUCCGGCCGAACGAAGCACUUCUCAAAGACGUCCUCUUCUACCUCCUCCUCAUCUUCCUCGAUGGGCCUCCAUCGCUCUUCAAACCUCAACGCAGGCGGCAGCUCACAGCGCCCCCCUGCCCACAGCGGCAACAGCAAGGGUAGAACAAGCCGUCACAGCGGAAAAGUCAGCUCCCCGACAUCAGUACCGCAGAAGAAGAAAGACACAAAGAACCUGAAGAACGUAGACGGGAAGCUCGCCAACCUCAUCCUCAACGAGAUCGUCGACAGCGGGUCGUCAGUGAGCUUUGAAGAUGUUGCUGGUCAGGACUUGGCGAAGUUGGCGCUGCAGGAGAUCGUCAUCCUGCCGGCACUCAGGCCAGAGCUGUUUACAGGACUGCGUACUCCAGCCAGAGGACUUCUUCUGUUCGGUCCGCCCGGCAACGGCAAGACGAUGCUGGCUAAAGCCGUGGCAGCUGAGUCCAACGCCACCUUCUUCAACAUCAGUGCCGCCAGCUUAACCUCCAAAUACGUGGGUGAAGGGGAAAAGCUGGUUCGAGCUCUUUUCUCUGUGGCCAGAGAGCUGCAGCCCUCCAUCAUCUUCAUCGAUGAGGUGGACAGUCUGCUGUGUGAACGGAGGGAGGGCGAGCACGACGCCAGCCGACGCCUCAAGACCGAAUUCCUCAUCGAGUUUGACGGGGUCCACUCGGGAGGCGAUGACCGGGUUUUGGUGAUGGGAGCCACCAACAGGCCUCAGGAGCUGGACGAGGCUGUUCUCAGGCGUUUUGCCAAACGUGUGUAUGUCGCUCUGCCAGGCGAGGAGACUCGCUUGAAGCUGCUGAGGAACCUGUUGGAGAAACACGGCAACCCGCUGACACACAGAGAGCUGAGCCAGGUGGCCAGAAUGACUGAGGGUUACUCUGGCAGUGACCUGACCUCAUUGGCUAAAGACGCCUCCCUGGGACCAAUCAGAGAGUUGCUUCCAGAGCAGGUGAGGAACGUACAGGCCAGCAAGGUCCGAAACAUUUGUUUCGGCGACUUCGUGGAGUCUCUGAAGAAGAUCAAGAGGAGCGUUGGUCCGCAGACUCUGGAGCUUUACGGCCGCUGGAACAGAGACUAUGGAGACACCACGGCCGUAUGAGCUCCACACAAACUGACUCUCCCAAAACCCUAGUUUUUAAGCAACGGCAUAGUGUUUUAUGCACCUUUGCACAAAUGUUUCUACCAAAUAAAGAAUACUUCCUCUUCUUUCUUUGGUUUCUGGCUUGGACUCCGAUGUCCAGACAUGUUUCCUUCAAACUAGCUGAAGUUUGUUUGUAGCCACGAGGAUUAAAAAACGGUCCUUGGUCAGUUACUUUGCUGUGAGAGAGAUAUUUGAUGAUUGAUUAUUUUUUUCACCAAAAAUAAUCUUUUUGGUCAUUUUAUUCAGUAUUUUAUCAAAUGAGUUUUUGGUUCCGCUCUUUGCAUUAAACACACAUGGAUUUGA